ACGGUGAACUUUCUUUCAACUGAGAACAAAAUUUUGGACUCACCACCAGGAUACGUUCCCAUUAGAACACCUGCUCGCAAAUUAAUGGCUACUCCGAUGUCUUUGGGUGGGAUGUUGGAGGAGGACCGAAAUCAAACUUAUGACCUACCCGCUAAAAUUCCAAGUGUAGUCAAUUUGCCAUUUUUUAAACAAGAAGACAUGCAACACUUUGGUAAAUUAUUAACGCGAUAUUAUGCAUCGUCUUCUGAAGAUAAAGAAUGGAACCCUGCCCAUGAGAAAGAUGGCACUUCGACAAAUAACUCACAAAGCUCAAGAUUUUGGUGCGGGCCCUCUAUUCAGUCAAAUCCUUCCACUUUUGAUGUCGCAAAAGUUAUAAACCGUAUACUUUAUAAAUUUGAUGCUUUGGUUCGUUCUUAUGAUGAAGAUUAUUUCGCACGAUGUG